UCGUUAUCCACUUUCAGUCAUUGCAGCCUUCUCAAUCAUUUUUUUUCCUCAAGAAAACCAAAAAGGAAAAAAAAUGGCUUCUUCUUCUCCUUCAUCUCUUCUGCUUCCACCUGGUUCUUCUUCUGGCAAAACUACCAAAAGACAUGGCAGUAUUAAUGUCUUUGACGAGGCCCAAGGUUUGAUGAACAUUAAUGUGCAAUGCUCAAAAUUGGACCUUAGAAUUAGAGCAAGAGAGAAGAAGGUGGAUACAAGUUUGAUGAAGAGAAGAGAUCAUGUAAUUGGGCUGGCAUUAGGGGUUUCAAGUCUUUGUAAUAUGGGCUUAUUUGAUGAUAUUGCCAAAGCAGCUGGAUUGCCACCAGAAGAUAAGCCAAGAUUAUGUGAUGAAAACUGUGAGAAAGAGCUUGAAAAUGUGCCAAUGGUGACUACAGAGUCUGGAUUGCAGUUCAAGGAUAUUAAAGUUGGUCAAGGCCCUAGUCCUCCAGUUGGUUUUCAGGUUGCUGCUAAUUAUGUUGCCAUGGUUCCAUCUGGGCAAAUUUUUGACAGUUCAUUGGAGAAAGGGCAAAUCUAUAUCUUUCGUGUUGGCUCCGAUCAGGUGAUCAAGGGACUUGAUGAAGGGAUCCUGAGCAUGAAAGUCGGAGGGAAGCGGCGGCUCUACAUUCCAGGACUGUUGGCUUUCCCGAAAGGACUCACUUCAGCUCCAGGAAGGCCAAGGGUGGCACCAAAUAGUCCUGUAGUUUUCGAUGUCAGUUUGGAAUACAUACCAGGCCUUGAAGUGGAAGAAGAAUAAGACUUGAAUAAUCUCCAUCUCCCAUUUCUUAUUUCAGCCUUGCCUCUCUCCCUUUACAUGAUCUCCCCAAACAAGGUUAAAAAUGGGAGUUCUUGAAUUGUAUGCCUCCCAUUACUUCUUUCCCCCCCCUCUGAUAUUAUACAAAUUGAGAGCGUUCGUUUCUUGAUGUAAGUUUUUGA